AUGAGCGUCAAGAUCCAAUUGAAGGAUCAAGGGAAAACCUUCACCAACCUCGAUUAUGUCGAAGGCACCGUACUGCUUGAUCUACGCACAGAUGAGGAUAUCGAGAAGGUUACGGUGAAGUUAGAAGGCGUUUCGCGAUCCGUGGUGAUGGCACCCAGAAGACCAGGUGAUCGGAAAGAGAAGCCAUACGUUGAGAUCCAUAAGCUACUGCACCGAGAACAAGUGGUGUUCCCACCCGCCGAUAUCAGGUCUCUUCAGACGACGUCAAGUGGCUCAUUCACCCUCCCAACUGGGCAAUACACCUACCCCUUCCGCCUCCGGAUCCCGAUCAACCACUCCUGCACGGAAGCUCCACCACCCAAGACUGGUGCAUUCUCCUUAAACAACCUAGCUUCGACAAGCAAAGGAAUCACCACCGUCUCCACUCCACUCUCCCACGUUAAAGCCAUUUUGCCACCAAGUGUAGCAGGCGGGGAAGAUUGCUUCGUCAAGUAUUUCGUCAAAGUGACGGUAAGCAAAAAAGCGUUUUACAAGGCCAACUACCGCGCGUAUGAUCCUUUCAUCUUUCUGCCGAUUGAGCCGCCGCGACCGGUGCCGCAGGGCGGGUUACAGGUGUUUGCGCGGAAGGAGGAGCAGUUUGGUAAGAAGAAGGGAGGGUUUUUUGCUGCGCUUAGGGGUGGUGGUGGGAAUGGAGUCAGCGGUUCGGUGAUGGUCGAGGCACGACUACCUAAUCCACCAGUCCUCACGCCAACCAUCCCGACGGAUUUAGUUAUCAUGCUAAAUAGCGCACAAGAAGCCACCGUUGCAGACCUGCAACUUCGCCUCCUCUCAACAACCCGCAUCACCGCCCACGGUCACCCCGUCAAGCAAACCCACGCACUCAAACUCCCCACUCCACACCCCCUCCAUACUUCCGGCGCACGUACCCUGACGAUGAAAGUCAUGCUACCGGAUUCCGUAGUACCCACCUUUCGAACAUGCAACCUGGAGAGAGGUUAUGUGCUGGAAGUUACAGUUAUGGUUGAGAGUGCGGGACAGGUUUCGCCUGUUACGUUGGUCAUGGGAAUUCAGGUCUUUUCGGGGAUGAAGCCGCCGGCGGGAUUGGUUGCUCGGGACAGGAAUGGGAAGGCACAGGCUGCGGCACCGGCGUAUCCGCUGCGACCGGCAACUGGUUCUGGGAAGGAAGGGUUGUCGCCUGCACUUCCGGAGCGACCACCGCCUAUGCCUGCUAGGCCGUCACAGCAGGGUAAAGCUGCUGAGGCUGCCGCUGAAACACAGGCUGUCCCGGUUGACAAUGUCGAAGCGGAGGUACAGUUACCGCCUACGUACGAUGAGGUCCUUACGGAGCGGUUGGAGGGUGAGGUAGGGGUUGGGCAGGGCGAGAGAAGGCGGUUGGCUGUCCCGCCGGAGUAUUAUAGGCAUGUUGAGGAUGCUGAGAGGGUGUAA